AUGGGCCCAGGAUCUUUUUAUAUUCUGCCAAGAAGAAAAAAAAUUGGAUCCACAUUUCAUACUAUAUCCAGAGACAAAGUUGACGCAACUGGAAGUCAUGAUAACAGGUUCAACAGGACAGUUCACCCCUGCCUCUCCACUUUCAUCAAGACAAUGUGUAUCUGCUCCUGGAGGUUCAACAGAACAGUUCACCCCUGCCUCUCCACUUUCAUCAAGACAAUGUGUAUCUGCUCCUGGAGGUUCAAUAGAACAAUGCACCCCUGCUUCCCCAGGUUCAUCAAGACAAUGCUUCUCAUUUCUUCCAGGUUUAACAGAGCACCAUCCUUCUGCCUCCAACGGUUUCACAGCACACAUUCCACCUUCCUCCAAAAGUUUUUCCACUUGCCAGACACAAAUCAGUGA